UGUUAAUGAUGUUUACAUAUAUAAAUAGAAGGAGUUGCUUUGUUUAAGUGUAUUCUUUUGAUGCUGUAGAUGAGGAUUUGGAUGGUAUUACAAGUUUCUUAAAAAUUGAUAGAUUGGGAUGUCUAAAAUGGACAGAAUGCAAUGUUUAGGAAUUGUGGUUCUUAAAAGAUUUUUGGUGGACCUAAGAGUUUUGGGAUGAGUACUUCGAUUACAAGAUUCUUUAAUAAUAUUGAUCCUCACAGCAGUUUAAAAAUAGAGAUGGAAUUUUGGAGGUACAUCUUAAAUUUGUUAUAUUAAAGAAUUGAUAAAUGGACUUCAGAUUCAAUAAAUAUAGAAGUUGAUAAUAAUUUGUAAUUCUAAAAAGAUUACAUAUAAUCUGGAAUAUUUCCUGAUUAUUGUGGAACAGGCAGCUUAUAAGAUGAUGAUGAUGAUACGUCUGUUUAUGAUGAUGAACAUGAAAUAAUAUCAUUUACAAUUCCACAUAGUAAAAGAAGUGCCUGGGUACAUAUAUAUACAAAUUAUAAUAAUGACGAGAAGGUAAAUUAGUAAUUAAUAAAAGUAAUCAUGGGGUUUAAGAAUAUUUAAGUUGAGCAUAAAGAAAUGUUAAAAUGGAUGUCUUGCAUGUUCUAUUGAUGAUUAUCCUGAAUGUUUAAAAUGGGAAAGAUAUAUAUAAUCAUUUUCUAAUUUUUAUUUAAGUGGUCUUGAUUAAUGGAAUGGGUUAGGUUCUCCUUUAACUUUGUGGCAGUCAAAUUAAUGUUCAAAUUGUCAUUAUUAUUAUGGAUUGAAGUUUAGGAGAUACUUAUAUCUGACAAAACAAAAUUAAUUGCUUUUAAGACUUUUUAAAUUUGAUUCAAAUGAUUUUAAAAUUUUAUUAGAUAAUAAAUAAUACACUAUAAUUUACAACAAAAAAGGACAUAUCGAGAUUUUAAUUGAUGAUUGGAAAAGUGAUAUAUUAGAUAUAAGAUUUGUAUCUUUAAAUUAAGAGUUAUAUCUGAGAGAUAUUGAUAUAUACAUUGCAAAUUCUAAUGAUAAUGAUAUAAUUGGAUUUCAAUAAGGCUGUGAGUAAUUUAUAAAUAAUUUAUGUAAUAUUUGUAAUGAAGGUUGGAUUUAUAAUGAAAUAAAUAAUAGUUGUUAAGGUUAAUGUGGUGAUUAAGUAAUUGAAGGUGAUGAAGAAUGUGAUGAUGGUAAUAAUUAAUCUAAUGAUGGGUGUUUUUAGUGUAAAUUUUAAUGUGAUUAAAAUUGCAACAUUUGUUUAUUUGGUGUAUGUUAAAAUUGUUUAAGUAAUUAUGAAUUAGAUGAUAAUAAAUUUUGUUAAUCUAUUUGUGGAGAUGGUGUUUUAAUUCCUUACACAAACGAAUAAUGUGAUGAUGGUAAUGAUAUAGAAAAUGAUGGUUGUUAUAAUUGUAUUUUUGAGUGUAAUAAAACUUGUAAUAUUUGUUUUGUGAAUAUAUGUUUAGAAUGUUAAAAAGGAUAUCAUUUAAUUGAUAAUGAAUGUUAACCAUUUUGUGGAGAUUCAAUUGUUAUUAUUGGUUCAGAAGAUUGUGAUGAUGGUAAUUAAAUACCAUUUGAUGGUUGUUAUAAUUGCAAAUUCUAAUGUUAUGAAGAUUGUCUUAAAUGUUUAGAUGGAUUAUGUAUUGAUGAUUAUUGUAACAAAGGAUAUGAACUUAUCUCUGAACAAUGUAUUUCUAUAUGUGGUGAUUAAUUAAUUACCAUAGAUGAAGAAUGUGAUGAUAAUAAUGAUAUUCAGUACGAUGGAUGUUAUUAAUGUUUAUAUUCCUGUCCUUUAAAUUGUUUUAAUUGUUUAUAAGGAUUAUGUGUAAAAUGUGAAUACUAAUAUCAACUCACCUAAAAUGGUUUAUGUUAAAUUACAUCUCAACUUUAAGAUAUUAUUCAAUGUUAUGAUGGUAAUGAUUUGCCUAAUGAUGGAUGUUAUAAUUCUAAAAUUGAAACUAAUUGGGUUUGUUCAGAAUAUAUUCAAGAUAUCCUAUCUUAAUGUUCUUUUUCUUUGAUUCCUUAAAUAAUACUCACCUUCCUAAAUAUUACUUCCAAUAUUUAAUAUGUUAAAAUUUCAUUUAAUGAACAAGUUAUAGUUUCCUCAUCAACACCACUUUCUUAAACUAUUGAAAUUAUAGUUUUAAAUAUUACCAAUGACAAAUAAAAAUUAAACUUAUCCAUUAUUUAGGAUGUGAAUCAAGAUUUUUCCAACCCAGAAUUUAUCAUUACUAUUGAAAUCUAUUAAUUACUUUAAUCUAAACCAAUCCUAUAAAUUCUCUUAAAUUAAUAAAUAGUUAACAGAUAAGGCUCUUUUAUUCCUCGUAAUGAUCAUUAUAUUUCUUUGAAUAUUCCAAACUAUUUAAAUGAACUUCAAACUACCUAUUCUUAUAAAUUGCAACAAGUCAAUAAAUCCAUUAUCUAUACCAUUCUUGCAAUUGGAGCAGUAUGUUUACUCUUUGGAUUUUCCAAUUUAUUUCUUUAAAUACUUAAUAUUUUACAGUAUUAAUAAUAUCUAAGAUACCUUAACUUAUAAUUUCCUCAAAAUCUUUCGAUAUAUUUUGAGUUAGGCGAUCUACUAUCAAGUUAAACUCUUAUGGAUUACUUUCAUAUUGGUGAUUUUUUUAGUUUUUUUUCCAUAAAUUCUCGCUUUUAACCUUCUUAUGAAAAAUUUGAGGAUUAUGAACUUAAUGCUGAUUUAAUUCAAAAUAUUCAGUGGUAGGUACUUUAAUUUUGUAUUUGCCUACUUAUUUUAUCUAUCAUUAGUUUUUUAAAAAGAAUAUUUUAUUAUCACAUUUUCACAAGUUCUUUUUGCGAUUCAAUAUUAACUCUAUUAAAGUGUAUAAAAAAAUAAUUUAUCAUAAAAUUUGCAUCAGGAAUUUAUAAAUUAGCAAAAUAGUUUAUAAGUAUCGAAUAAGUUGCAACUUAUAAUGGUGUAAAACAAUUAUUAUUAAUUAAUGGAUGGGAUUUACUCUUUAAAGUUUUUUUAUAUCUUCAAUCAAUUAAUUCUAUCUUUUUAAGGGAUGUUAUAUCAAUCUUUAUAGGUUCCUGUAUUCUUCUUGCUUAUUUAAUCAUAAUUAUUUCAGCAUGUAAUCGAUAAACUAGAUUAAAAAAAAUUAGAAAAAAAUUAUUAUUAGUUGGAAGAUUUGAAAUAUUCAACUUACUCAGAUAAUUUUGCUUUUUAAUUAUCUUAGUAUUCUUAUAAGAGUAACAGAUUUUAUAAAUAAUGCUUAUUACUCUCAUAUGUGUUUUAUGCCUCAAAAUUGUUUACAUUUAUCGCAAUGCAUUUUAAAUAUCAAACUUUUUGGUUCAAUUCAUUGUUGAAGGAUCAAUAUUAGUAUUUACAUUCACUUCACUUAUUUAUGUUAACGAUUUUUCAAAGUACAUCAAUUAAGAACUUAAAAUUAAAUUUGGAUGGUUUCACAUCAGUAUUCUCUCAUUCGCUCUUAUAGUACAAUUAAUUAUGAUCAUUUAUUAAAGGAUUCAAUCCUUAUAUUCUAAAUACAAACAUGAAAAAGAAAAACGUAAUUAAGCUCGAAAUAAUUCUCAUUUGCUUUUAAUUGAAAUUAAAAACCGUAUUAUAAUUCAUUAUGCAUGA